AUGGGGCAGCGCCGCCCGGAAGCUGUGGAGGCUGAUCUCCAGCUCCGGCCAUCCCACGUCAGCUGCAGUGCCCGACUGGCCGCCGAGCUCUCGGCAGGCACUUGGCGCAGCCGGCGGCAUGCUGCAGGCUGCCUGGUGCAAACUGAGGUGCUCUCGCAGGAGACUGGAUGCCAGCAGGCAGUCGAGGUGGUGCUUCCACUCUUGGACCACGCCCGAUGGCGCACCCGUGCCAUAGCAAAACUGGCGCUCCGAAGGAUGGCAGAGGAGGCCCCCGAGCAUGCUGCUGCAGCCGCAUUCGAGCUUCUCGAUCCGAGUUCCCGAGAGAUGGAGGCUGCGGAGGCAGCGGAGGAGUCCCCUGAGGAGUCUUCUGGGGAGUUUUCCGAGAAGUCCCCGGAGGCGCUUGGCGUCGCUUGUGACGACCUGAAUGACCGCACUCUUGCUGAUGUUGCUAUCCCUGCACAAAUUCCCAGGUCGCCACGCUCAGAGGGCUUUUGCACGUGGAGCAGCUCCGAUGAUGUCUUGUCCUGCAAGGAAUCGGACCUGCACAACGAGCUCAGCCAGCAGCCGCCAGCUUCUGGUGCUUUGCUCUCCGCUCUCUCUGCCAUGCGGGCGGCGCGCGCCCUUGCCGUGGCAGACGCAGAACUGCCUGCGUCAGCUCCGGUGGUGUUGCAACUCCGGGCCGCUCGCGCAGCCCGGCGGCUGCUGGCAGGUGGUGGACCCUUUCCUGCGGCGGCAGUGAGCCUUUUGGGGGACUUUGGUGGUACGGGAGACCUGGCCGAGUUUCGCCGGUUGGGCAUUGCCGCCGACCCGUCUCCAGAGGUGUGCACAGAGUAG